AUGUUUCAAUCCUUCACAAAGGCCUUCCAAAAAUAUUAUCACCAUGAGCAGCAAUACUCAGCUCUUCUUUCAUCCGUACGACGAAGAAAUAUACUGAGCUGUCAUCGGAAUACUCUCUACACCUCUAAAAAUUCACAAUAUGAUUUUGAUAUUGAGAAAAUUAACAAUCAUCAUCAAUAUCGGAACUUUCAAUCAUCGUUAUCUCUAAACAACGUAAAAAUUGCUUUUCAAGAAGUAGCGAAUAAGAAUACAGCAUUACAGGAAAUAGAUGCACUGUUGGGAAGACAGAAGCCUCCUGCAUUUGAAUAUAUUUAUGUGGAACCAUCGAUAUUUACAAAUCCAGUAUUUUGGAAUUCUGAUUCGUCUGUUAAUCCGUAUGGACAUGCUGCGAUACGAUAUACAAACCCAGAAACUGGAAAAUCAAUGGUCAUGAACAUUGUUGGAAAACCAGGCCAUAGAAUGGUCAAUUUCAUUCCAGCUGAAGAAUAUUUAUUUGGACAUCCAUCGAAAUGUUCCAUUGAGGACGGAAAUGAACAAGGAGGCAUCUAUUGUAGAACCAUGAUUGGCUUUCGAUUCGAGGAAUGGCCACAAGAAUACAUCACAGCCAUGCAUAACUAUUAUCAAAACGUUCAAAAUUUAGGAGAUGCCAAACUCGCCAAAUACAGCAUGGUACUAGGGCCGAUUUAUAAUUUAUUAAGGAAAAUUAAAUGGUUUUCAGGAGUGGCAGAAAGAGGAAACUGCGCUUUUUGGACCACACAAGGACUUGUGAAUGCUCAUGUACUUUCAUCUGCAACCAGUUGGCCCAAAUAUUCUUGCAUGAAAUUAUAUACCAAAGUUGUUUUUAACAAAAUUGAAAUGAAAGAGAAAUGGGAACAACUCAAACAACGAACCUCACAAAUGAUUGUUCCCAACGCACUUCAAUCUUCAUCUCCAACAAUUAUGAUAGACCACGACGAAGAAGAACUCUAUUCUCGAAUUAAUGAAAAAUUCUUUGAAAAAUCUGAAACCGAACAAGAACGAUUAUUGGCACCAUUUUGGAAGAGAAGCAAUUUUAACAUUGUCACAUAUCGAUGCAGUGACGAGAGCGUGAGUACUUCCUCCCUCAAAGGUUGGGUCAAACCAUUUCGACAAUUGGAACAUUUAAUCUUCCAACAAAUGGAUGAAAUGGCCAACGUAGUCGUUGAAGUGAAAACUAAAGAACUGGAUAACGAUGAGGAAAUGUCGAUUGCAGUGCCAUCUUUGAAGGAAGCCACUCACCGACCUUUUUGGUAA